UCACGGAGCAUUUAAGUUGAGAUUUAUAUUUCAAAUCAUACAAGAAUAAUACGCAUCUGAAGUAUAGCGUUCAAGGUUUACGAUUCUGUUGCUCGCUGAAGCGUUCGCGCUAGAUGGGAUCAUAACGGAUCUUUGGACGCGACCGCGCCUAGAAUCCAAUGGGUCCAACACAACUCCGCGGUUUAUCCACCUGACUUUUUAUGUUUUUGCCAAAUUGUGCACUUCUUAAGAUUGCAGCGGCAUCUGCCUUGAGAAUCGCGAGGCGUUCGUAAUCACGUGACUACAAUUGCACCGGUUUUCUACUCAGAUGUUACCGAUCACAUGAUCUAUUGAAGUUCGUGCCAAAUUACACCGAUUCUUCAUUUUCAAUGGGUAGUGAGCUUAAAUUGAUUUUGAGGAAUUAUGAAAUUCCUUAUCCUAAGUUUCUAAGUACUAGUUUUGCAAGAGAUAUUUUACUUUAUUAUUUAAAAGGUGUACUGCGCGGGUACUCAAAAUCUUGUGCCGCCACUGGGACAGAAUUCAAAUGUGUGCCGCUAUGAGUUUCGCGUGUCGUAUCGUGGCGUGUAACUAAACAGGCUCGUUGAUUCGAUUAGUGAGUGUUUGAAAUUGGUGAUCGUACGAGUUAUUCAUUAUGAAUAAAAUGAUGAAGUUCAGAAAAAAUUUCAAGCAUAUUCAAAAUUACAAUUUUCCACCUACAAAACUUCGAAAUGUGUUUUGCACACAAUGUAAACACCAAUUUUUUUUUGAAGCAUUUGUUCCUAUGCGUGGUACAAUACCUGUGUUAUUAGACUGUGGACAUAUAAUAUGUGAUAAAUGCGCUAAAUCAUUUAUUAAUCAAUCUUGCCCUAUAUGCAAUACAAUCUCAGAGUGUGACAAUAAUAAUAUAUUUCAGUUACCUCUAAACAUAUAUGCUUUGGGAUUAAUGGUCAUGACACAUAAUCGACCAAUUAAUACAGAUGAGCAAGAUAUUUCUUUUUCUAAACCUUCUACUUUUAAAUCAAAGCAACAGAGCAUACAAGGUUUAUGUUCUGAAUGUGGAAUUCAAGCAACACUAAAGUGCCAACAAUGUAACGUUCUCUUUUGUCAUAUUUGUUAUUCCAAGAUUCAUGGGAAAGCGCUACAAAAUCAUUCAAAGGUCAUGCUAACGGAGGAAAAUAAUGAAAAUUCCUUUAUUUUAAAAAAUACUUGCUCAGAACAGUGUCUUGAACGGAUAGGAUAUUACUGUGAAAAUUGUGAUAUAGCUGGAUGUUCACAUUGUAUGAUACAAUUACAUAAAAAACAUAAUUAUUUGCCUUUAAGCCAACAGAACAGUAAACUGAUGACUGAAUUCUACAACGUGUUUGACCGUGUGAACGAGAGUCUCAAGAGAGUUCAGCAGGUGCAAAAGAAACUGACGUCUGUAUCCUCCACCUCGGUAGAAGAAAUACAGAACAUCGCCAGUAUAGAGGCGACCGUGACACAGCAUUUCGCCUAUUUGCAUGGUGUUCUUCAAAAUACAGAGCAACAGAUCAUUGAUACGUUACAGGAGUAUACAAAUUUGCAGAACAAGAAUAUCAACGAGAUUUUCACGCAGCUGAGGGAGUACGAAGAACGACUUCAAUCUGCCAUUCUGAUAUCGACAUCGAUCCAAAACAACCUCGACCAGGUAGAUAUUCAGCAAGUGAUAAAAAAAUUGCAACCGAUGGCCGACAUUCCAUGCUAUCUGGUUCAAAACACUGAUAAAGCCGAUAAAAUCGUAUUUGACAUCAAGAGUAACAUCAUCAAGACUAUAGAACAACACUGCUGCUUGUACAUACCGAAAACACCCAUCUACAGCUUGCAACAAAAGGAUUUGCUACCAAAGGAUUACGAGAUAGAACCAUUGGUCGAAGAGACUGUUACUUCGCUAGAAAAUAAGAGAACAUCCCCGAAGACUGAACCUAACAUCAUAACGAACGAUAGUCUUGAUAUUAUUGGAUCCUCGGAGAUGGUCAAUGUCACCCACAUCGUGGACCCCUCUUGCUUUUACGUUCAGAUAGUACAAAAUCAACAGAAAAUAUCGGAUCUUAGCAAAGGACUGGCUACACUGGCGACUACUACAGGAAUAAUACCAGCGGAAAUAACUUUAAAUGCGCUGUACAUCGCGCAAUGCUCGAAACACAAUGUUUGGUACCGUGCACGUGUCAUAGAGAAGAAAACGAAUAUGAACGAUGACGAAAUAUAUAGUCUGUUCUUUAUUGAUUAUGGGAUGAAAGAGGAAAAUGUACCUUUGAGUAGAAUAAGAAAUAUUAUACCACAAUUUGCGAUGUUACCGGUGAUGGCCCUUAGGUGCACCUUGUUCGAUAUUGUUCCUAAUAAUGGUAAAUGGCAUCCCGAUGCCACUCGAGUUUUUAAGAAACUAGUUUGCACAAAUUCUGUAGUAUCGAUGUGCAUCAAGAUGAUAACCGGUGAUACCUAUUACGUCGACCUGUGCGUGAUAUCAUCCAAAGACUCGGGUUUAAUAUCCGUGAAAGACUCCUUAACGUAUAUGAAAUACGGCACUUGUAUUUCACCAAACACAUUAAUGAGAAUGAAUCCUGACUCAACAAGGAAGUAUUUUAAGGAAGCGUUAGACCUAGAAAUUUACUCGGAUGUUGAAAUCCUAUUUGUCGAAUCUCCUAGUUGUAUAUAUGUUCAAAGGACACACACAAAUAGAUAUACCUUUCACAAAAUGCAAUACGAAAUGAUGAAUGAUUACGAAAGAAAUACCACUGAUUAUAUUAUCUUUGCACCUUGUAAAGAUGUACCAUGUGCUGCACAAGGAGUCGAUGGAUAUUGGCACAGAGGACUCAUACGCGAAGUUACCGAGAACACUAUAAAAGUUUUCUACGUAGACUUAGGAUAUACAUCGAUAUUAAGUUACGAUGCCAUCAGAGCUCUUCCAAGAAAAUACAUGUCCUGCAGAACACAAGCUGUAAAAGUUUCAUUAAGAAACAUAAAGCCACGAUCUAACAAUAAAAACCAAUGGGAGCUGGAAACUAAGGAAUUCAUAAAGAAAUUUCUAAUGGAUAUGAAGUCAAAUUUCAAAAUUAUCCCUUAUAAUCAAUUUGGAGAUACAUACAACGUUGCUAUGUUUACACAUGAUAACAGUAUUAAUGUCGCUGACUUACUAGUACAAAAGAACCUAGCAACGUACAUCACUUCUAGUCCGCACAAUACAACAAUGAGUACAUUCGAUUUAAAAAUGAAAAAAAAACCAAAGAAAGAUAUUAGUUAUUUAGAAUUAUCUGAUCAAUAUUACAAUAAUCCAAUAAACGGGAACAUGAAGAAAGUCACAGAAGAGAAUGAAGAUCCUUUCAAAAUAAAAGUUCAAAUACACCAAGUGCAGUCUCCAGACAACAUUUACGUUUCUGAUGCCGCAUGCAAUCAGAGCGACGUGGAACUAAUGAUAAAACAGAUGCAAGAAUUUUAUAACAAGUAUCGUCCCGCAAAACGAGAUAUUUGGACCAAAGGUGCUACUUGUGCAGUUUAUUUUACAAGAAGUGAUAUGUAUUAUCGUGGCCGAAUCGUUGAUAUUAAGUCAAACGAUACAGUAGUCGCAUUUUUAUACGACAUAGGAGUUGAAGAAACUGUAUCGAUAAAUGACAUACAACCGUUGCAUCCCCUGUUCUCUAAGAUAUCAACGUACGUUUUUAAGAUAAAGCUAACGGGUAUAUUACCCUGCGGAGGAUCCACCACGUGGCCAUCGUUGUCUUGUGAGAAAUUGCGCGAAAUCAUAGAUAACAAUCAGACUUCCAAAUUCUACAUAUCUAAAUUGGAAGACGAAGAUAUGGAAGAUUCUGCAAUACCGGUUGAAUUAUGGAUUAAAGAAGUAAAAAUGGACGGGCCAUUGGCACCAACAAGAUAUGAAAUUAAUUCUAUCAAUAGAAUGUUGGUUGAGAAAGGAGUAGCAUUACCCGUGAAGGAGUAUGCGAAAAAAAGAGAUAAAAUUUUAGCAAUUGAAUUGAAACGACAAUUAAUGAAGAAAUUUGAAAGAUUAACAAAAUAUGAAUCCAGCGUGAAGUGGUUUGAAAUCAAUAAUUGUUCCAAUGAGCCCAUGGAGAUAACUGCUACUACAGCGAUAUCGAAGCCAAUAUUACAUCAUUUAAAUUCUGAUUCUAAUAAUCAAAUUUAUGAGAACACGGAAGAAAUACUUGAUAACGUUCCGAAACUUUUAUCAUCAGCUUGGUUACCAGUAGAACCAAUAAAUGAAGAUACAUUUAUUGCUAUACCGACAUACUUAGAUCAUAGCGGCUUUCUUUAUCUUCAUUCCAAAACGGGUAGUAGUAAAAUAUUAGAAUAUAUAGAAAUGAAAUUAGAAAAAAUAUACAGCAAUUGUUCAGUUGAACUUUGUGAUACUGUAUGGGCUGUAGGAGAUCCAUGUAUUGCACAGUAUCAUGUAAAUAAAAAAUGGUACCGAGGAAAAAUAGUGGAGAUUCAAGGAAACGACAUAAUUAAUGUAGAAUUUGUAGACUAUGGAAACAUAGAGCAAUGUACAACUGAUGAUUUAAACAAAAAAGUUAUCUUAGAAGAUAUUCCAAUUCAAUGCACAAAAUGUUUGAUCGAAGGUUUAAAUCCGGGGACUGAGAGUGGAAUGUGGGCAACAGAAGAUUUAGAUAGAAUACAUAACCUUCUCAUUGAACAGGAAUGCGAAGUUACAAUCACUUAUAGAAGUGAAAAAUACCUCAAUAUUUCUUUAAAGAUCUUGCCAAACAAAUACUGCAAAAAGAAAACUGAUUUAAUCACAUUUCUUAUCAAUGAAUGGGGAAUGAACAUUAAACCUAAUAUUGAGGCCAUUACGUUCCAAAAUAGAGUAACUACAAAUGUUACUUCAGAUGUAGUUAUAGAAAACCCGAGAUCAUUUUCUUUGGGUGAUGACGUGAUAAAAGAUCCAGUUAUUAUUGAAAAUUCUGUGUUGCUUCCAGAUAAUGAUACAGAUACUUUACAUAAUAUUGACAAUGAUACUGUAACUGAUGUUGAAAAUGUAUCAUGGUUUAAAUUAGAGACAACAAUUACUUCAACUCCUAAUAUUGCUUCACAAGAAGAUCUUUCAAUGCAUUAUAAACUUAUAAAUAUACCAAACGACAUAGACUAUAUUGAGAUAGAAAUGUGUUGUUGUAUUACUCCUACUAUCUUCUAUGCUCAAUUAAAAGAAAAUAUUCAUUGUACGAUUUUAAAUGCGUAUUAUACACAGUAUGAACUUUUAAUGAAUGACUUGCAAGAAAAUGCGGACAAACAACCAUUGAUUACAAAGUUUACUGUUAAUACUCCAUGCUGCGCGAAAUUCAAUGAUAAUCUUUGGUAUCGAUGUCUAAUAACGGAAUCUGAACCUAUUAUAAAUUCAGAUAAUAUUGAAAUUAAACUGCUUUAUGUAGAUUACGGUAACGACGAAUAUAGAAAAGUAAAUUCACAACAGUGUGAAUUGUACACUUUAAAGAAAGAAUGGAUAGAAAUACCUACUAUUGCAAUAAAGUGUAAAUUGUGGAAUGUAGAAGUUGUUUCUAUAUUCGAUCAUGAUAAGCUAAUCUCUCAAUUAGAAAAGAUGUACAAUAAACGUGUUAUAGCUAAAAUUAAAGAAACUGAUGAAGAGUUUAUGAGCGUUGAACUGUAUGAAGACGAAAACUGUGGGAAAGUUAUGUAUAAUACUUUAAUUGAAGAAGGUUUAUUCGAAGUUAGAUCAAAAAAAAAUUGACGAUCUACAUUAUCCUUAAAUAAUAACACAUAUUUAUUUUUAUCAUUUACAACGAUAAGUUAGUAUAAAAUUAUUAAAUUCCAGAAUGAGAUUUUAUGUUAAAAACUUAUUAAUCAUAAAAACUAAGCUUAUAUGUUGAACUAUUACAGUUUUUAGGCAAAUUUAAAUGUUUAUUCUUAUAAAAGGAGAAAAUUACUAGAAAUAUAUUAACGUUGAGCACUUUUAGCAAUUUGUUCUUUAAGUAAUAAAAUACUUUGCCUUUGUUCAGGUGGUAACAUAGCGAUUUGUUCAUCAGAUAAUUGUAGUACUUGCAUUAUUAAAGCCGCCUACAAUGAAAUUAGUAAUUAUUUUUACAUUUUGUCAUCUACUAUAUAAGUGAAUAAUGUAAGAUUUUAUAUAUUUUUAUAUAAAAAUAAAUGACAUCUAUAUGUAA